AUGGCCGCGCAGACAUCGCCGACACUGACGUCGACGUCACACACGCUCACCGCCGCACCGCCCUCCAAGAUGGCACCAGCCCGCUCGUCGACGACCGACGGCGAGGCGGCCGCGUCGCUGCUCUUAAGCCUGCGCUCUACAAACCGACACACGUUCCUGCGGCCCAGCGCAGCAAUCUCCAACGACUCGCUCGACGUGGUCAAGAAGACGCUCGAGGGCUUCGCGACGCAGGUUGGCGAGCAGCAGGAGCAGAGGCUCAAGGAGAGCCGCAAGAGGAAGAGGAGGGGUGGUGGGGACGGGCAGCACGUGGAUGUGCUGAAGCUGAGAAAGGUGUAUGUGGACGGGUUUGAGACGGGCCAGGUGUGGCAGCAGGCCAAGAGGAUCAUCGCCGGCGUCUUGAGCUUUUCAGACGCUGUGCUGGAUGAGCUUGAGGAGAGGCGGCAAGUUGCUCUGCCUGGCGGGGAGGGCGUCGAGUCUGGGUCCGAUCAAGAGCAAGACGACGCCAAGGUCGACGCGGGCUCUGAAGAGGUCGGAGACGAGGAAGAGGAAGACGAGACAGGCAUUUCGGUUGAGGACCUGGAAGACGAACUGCAAGACCAAGGCGAAGACGAAAGCCUUGGCGGUCAAGGCGACUACGACGAUGGAGAAGAAGACGAGAACGAGGAAGAGUCAGAGGAUGAGGAAUUUGUCCAAGAUGCCCACGGGCUCAACGACGGCUUUUUCUCCAUCGACAACUUCAACCGACAAACGCAAUGGUUUGAGGAACAAGACGCAAGAGGAGACCCCACGACAGACCAGGCAGGCAACGAUGAAGACAUUGACUGGGGUGCAGAUCCCUUUGCGCCCCAAAAAGCUUCGAAACAAAAACCAGGAGCAGAUAACGAUGCCCCAUCGGACGAUGACGCCGAAAACGACGGCGACGACGACGACGACCAAGGGCCGACAUUUGGGGAUAUGGCGCUGGAUGCCCCCGAGGGGGACAGCGAAGACGAGGCCAUGCAGGACGGCGCCGGAGACGACGGCGGCGAGUUCAAUGCCAACGAAAUCUACUACAAGGACUUUUUCGCGCCGCCGCCCAAGAAGACCAAAGGCGGAAAGUCCAAGCCCAAGAAAUCGGUCAAGUUUGAGGUGCAGCAGCCCGCCGAGGCAGACGUCGAGCGGGCCAUGGCUGAUGUGCGCCGCGACCUGUUUGACGACGAGUCGGACGAGGAAGACUCGGACGACGCCCUGUCGGACGUAUCUGCCGGCGACCCCAGGUCGCGACGGUCAGCGCACGAGCGGCGGCAGGCCAAGCUGGCCGAGGAGAUUCGGCAGCUCGAGGCGGCAUCGGUGGCCAAGCGCGAGUGGACGCUGUCGGGAGAGGCGGCGGCCGCGGACCGGCCGAUGAACUCGCUGCUGGAAGAGGACCUCGACUUUGAGCACGGCGGCAAGCCCGUGCCCGUCAUCACGCCCGAGGUGAGCGAGGGCAUCGAGGAGCUCAUCAAGCGGCGCGUCCUGGCGCAGGAGUUCGACGAGGUGCUGCGCAGGCGACCCGACGCCGAGGGCCUGCCAGCGGGGACGCGGCGCGGCAUGGCGGAGCUCGACGACACGAAGUCGAGCAAGGGCCUGGCGGAGCUGUACGAGGAGGAGCACGUGAAAAAGACCAACCCGGACAGUCACGUCAGCCAGUCGGAUGAGAAGCUUGCGCGUGAGGAGAAGGAGGUCGAGGCCCUGUGGAAGGACGUGUGCGCGCGGCUCGACGCCCUAAGCAGCUGGCACUACAAGCCUAAGCCGGCGGCGGCGGCGCUGUCCGUCGUGGCCGACGUGGCGACGGUCAGCAUGGAGGAGGCGCAGCCCGGCACGGCGGGCGAGAGCAGCAGCCGCAUGGCGCCGCAGGAGGUGUACCGCGCGGGCGCGGCCGUGGGCGCGGGCGAGGCGGGCAGGGCCGAGGUGUCGACGCGCGGCGGCAUGCCCGUGGCGCGCGCCGAGAUGUCGCGCGAGGAGCGGACCAGGCGGCGGCGCAGGAACAAGGAGCGGGCGCGCAAGGCGGGCGGCGGCGCUGGCGCCGCCGCCGGAGGCGAGGGCGCCGCGGUCAGGACGAGGCGCGAGACGGUGGCGGAGCUGAAGAAGGGCGGCGUCAGGGUCAUUAACCGCAAGGGCGAGGUCACCGACGUCGACGGCAACAAGGCCAAGGCGGCAAAGAGCCUGUCGGGCGGCGGGCUGAAGCUGUAG